AUGAGCAAUCCCUCCAACGCCGUCAACCAAUCCGAACCCACGAGCUGGCUCGACGUAAUGAUGAUAGCCUUCAACUUGAAGCCUGCAGUCUCUCGACUAACACUAGCCUCCCCAUCGGGCAUGCAGUGGGCCAAUCUGUCGGAAAAGGUGAGCCACGGUGGAGGACCGCUGUCCGGUUAUGGUCCCUUGGGCCCGUAUGGUCCUCUGGGCGACGCCUACAGCACAAUCAUGCCCAAGAUCAACGACUUCGCGGCUCACUUGGCGGCGCAGGGAGUGUGGACGGUGCUGGGUCCUCUCGGACCGUUUGGCCCUCUUGGCCCGCUCGGACCACUAGGCCCAUUGGGCGCGACGGGAUACAUGAUCGACAAGUUCGGUAACUACAUCGACUCCCAUGGCGACAUCGCUCGCAACUACUCUGUGCCGUGGAGCUACACCAACGGGCAAAACUUAUACAGAACCUACGACCUGGUGGAGGAGUACCAGCCGGACUAUGCCCGCGCGCUGACGGACAACGACUGCUCGUGGAUGACGCACUCGGCCGGCCUCGUCCUGAUGGGCGGCACGGAGCAGUACGCGUUCACCUCGACCGAGGAGCAGUACGUCACCAUACUGGUGGUGCCCCAGUACCAGCUCGACGACUUCGACCUGCAGGUCACUAUCGACGGCGCUCAGGUCAUCGCCUCCGCCAACCCCGGCAGUUCGUUCGUCGACUGGAUUCAGGUCAAGGUCCGAGCCGAGGUCGAACUCAGCCUGACGGUGCCUUUCUCCUACUGGAGCCAUGACUACCGCCUGUAUGUCGUAGGCUCCACCUCUGCCUUCACAUCCUCGCCCAUCUCCGGACCCCACAUCAUCCCAUACUGA